UGAAACACAGCCAUCAGAAUCCGGAAAUUAACAAACUCGUGAUGUCAGGAGGAGUGGGAGAGAAAGGAGAAAUGUACGUGUAUUUCCUAGGAUUUCUGGACUGUAGAGAUAUGACAUCGUCAUAUGAUGGAGUUACAGCGUGAAAGGAGCACUGGACAUGUUUCAGGGAGACUGUGGAUGAUCGCUGGUCCAAACUGAAAGUGUUUUCACGCGCAUCGUGUGCUUCCUAUUCCAGAUCGACUUUUCAGCAAACAUGACGCGACUCUCGUUAGAACAAGUGACUGAUUUCGUUGAUUUCACGAAAGGAAAGGAUCUUAAAGAGUUUUUCAAACAGGGAUACUCAAGCAUCUCAUCUCAAAACUUCCUGUCUGAUGUUCGUCUGAGUCCAGAUGGACGUCACAUUCAUGUCAUUGUGCGUCAGCCCAAGAGUGGUCUUAUGACACACGACAAAUAUCAGCGACCUCAUCUCAUGCAAUGCCAGAAACACAAUGAUUUAGUGCUGUCUGGAAAUGGGCCUGUAGUGGAUGUUAUUUAUGUUCCUCAAAGCAAACCAGAAGAUGGAGCCUCUGUGCUUGGAGUUAUAUUUGAGAAUGGAAGAGUGGAAUUCUGGAAAUUCCUAGAGUGCAGAUCAGGCUGGAAUUUACUCCAGACUGCAGAUCUGUGUAACAGCCCUCGUGCUAAAGUCAGUUCUGUGUGCAUUUGCCAGAAUUUCAUUAUAUGGUGUGAGGAGCGACCACCAUCUGAGAACUCCAAUAGUGCAUGCAGCAACUUCAGGUUCUGCAUCUGCAAAAAGACUGUAGAAGUUAAUGAGGGAGGUGUCAAUUUAGGAAACAUGAAAAUUGCAUUGCACAAUAAUCCUCGAUACACAACUGUCAGUUCUGGGAAUUUUGUCUAUCUGCUCCCAGACAUGAGGGAAAACUCUUCCAUUGGAAUUUCAAAAGUGUUUCUUGCAUGGUCUCCUGAACAUGACACCUUUAGCGUGCAUAGUGCCUGUAGUUGCACACUUAUGAAAAGCUCAAGCAAGGAGUCUGACUUCAAGAGACUUGUUACAGACUGCAUUGGCCUUUUAUCUACCAUAAAUCCUCCUGAUAUCUGUGGAUUCUCUCCAACUGGAUGUGGAGACCUCCUUCUUCUUCUUAGCACUGGUUGGGUAUGCAUCAUGAAGAGGGAUGGCAGUCUUAGCCACAUAUACAAACUUCCUGAUAAUUGCUUAAGUGCUAGUGGGACCCAAAAUAGCCUGAAGAUAUAUAACGAAAUCCUGGCACUAACAAUAGGCCGGACCCUCUUCUUAAUCGACACCAAAUGUGGUCUGGAAUUAGAAAGAAUAAGUCUGAAAACAGAAGGUCUUCUCUUCAUAAACACCUUGGACAGUCACUCUCCACAAAUGUUGUCAGAAACCGGGCUGUUUGUGGUCACGCAAAAACCGAAGCCUUCUCCAACACUUUCUGAAGACUCGAAUGCACUUUUAGUUGAGACUGUCUUUGAGGAGGCAUGCAAAUACUAUCAGCAAAGAAGUUUAAGUAGCACGCAGCUCACGGUGGAGAAGCUCAAAAAAGGUGGGAUGUUUCAAGCGCCCAUAUCGCUAGCUGCCAUCCUUAAGGAUUACCUCAGCAACCAGAAGACCAAACCUGGCGAGAAACAUUCCACAGGUCAAGAAAGACUCAUGAGCUCACUCGAAUCAGAGCUUAGGAGUCUCGUUUCGUUGGAGGACGUCAAAACGUCAAUGGUGAAUGCUUCAGAGAAAGAUCUAGAGAACUAUUGUGAAAGCUUGGUGCAGCAGGAGAUCUGCCGGCUGCUUAGCGGUGAGAUAGAGAGGGAGAAUCUUCAGUAUCUAAACAGCAUCUUCAAUCUCUUUCCCACUUACUCCUGGCAUGCCAUGCAAGCGGUUCUGCAUCUGAGGUGCAACGGUGAGGGUUUGUUGUCGUCUAAAGCUCCUGCUGAGUUAUGGAAAAUCAUCCUCAGCCCUGUGCAACCCACAGCAAACUUUGCUCACUGCAACGGUCAGCAGAAACACACUACGGUGCCUGUUUUUGAGCUCUUGUGCCAAUCCAUCUUCAAAUUCCAGCCCAGCUGGCUCCCCAGGUUUCUUGAACUGGCACAACAACAAUCCGGUGGGUCCUCUAAGUCUUCGUGGGGUUACAGCAUGAAGGAGAGCUCUGAGAGCCUGCCGCUCUAUAAACGGGCUUUGACUGUGCUCCCUUGCAAAAGGACCUACCAACACCUGGAAGUGGAGCUGCUUUUGUGCAGCGAGCGGCCUAAAGCUAUAAUGCAAGCGUUGCGGAUUCUCAUCAAGCAAAGCCAGUGGGAACGGGUUGCGCAAGUAGCCGAAAGGUUCUGUCGACAGAGCCCGCUUCUGAACAAAGAGAUUUUCAUUGCUCUGCUGUGCGAAGUGUCCCAGCAUAGAGACUUGGACCCCUUUUUGGACCUGCUAUGGACUCUUUGUCCAGAGGACAUGACUGUGACAAGCAUACUUAAUAUUGUAUUGACAAACCUGCCUGAUUCAACGCAGAACUCUGGUCCUUUCGAGGCUCACGGCAGCCAGGUCACCAUCGGGCUUUUGAAACCACUGCUCAGAAAAGUUCUCCAAAGGGAGACCAAACCGAACCAAAGGUACGCAGAUAUCCUUCAGUCACCCACAGUUCCUCCACUCACUCCUCCACGUCAACCGAAGGGACUGUUCAGAGAUGCUGAGCAGCAGGAAACCAAGCAGAGGACUUCCUCUGGAUCUCAAGUGACAUCUCAAGCCAAGCUGCUCUGACUUUCCCAGUCUCAAAUCAUGUCUGACCCUUCCCAUAGACUGUUAUUAAAAUUGUCUUAGAGGUACAGGUAAACCCAAAAUGAAAUUCUAUCAUCAUCUGCUCAUGUUUAUGUAUCUCCAAACCUGCAUGACUUUCUUCUUUGGAGGACUUAAAAAUAGAUUCUAAUAAACAAUUUAACAGAUUUUAUCUAUACAAUAAAAAACAAUUUCAUUGAAAACAAUCUUUGAACCCCAUUGACUUUCAAGGUAUUGCCUGUAUUUUGUGUUCUACAAAACAAAGUAAGCCAUACAGGUUUGGAACAACAUGAGGGUGAAUAAAUAAUUACACAUUUUCAUUUUGGCAUAACAUGUUCUAAACAUCAUUACAGAGCUUCGGAUCGAACAAUAUUCCAUUUACUAUUAAGAUUGUAAAGUAAUAACUUGCAAUGCACAGAUGUUCAACUACUGCUUAAUUAUUCCUAAUAUAGAAUGUAAUAUAUGUUGUUUUUAUGUUAACUAGGUUUGCUGCAUUUCAUCUAAUGUGUUUUUGGUGUCUUUUAAAAUGUUUUCUAUUUCUUAAUUUUCAGUUGUCUUUUUUAUAGCCACCUUAUAAAGGCAUGUUGUUAUCAAGAUCCUAAUGCAAGGUCAGAGAUGACUACACAUUCUCCACAUUUCAUGCUCUCAUUUAUUGUAUAAACUCUUAGAAUAACAAUGUCUUUUUUUUCUGUUGACACUACAGUUUUGUCAGCAUAUGCUGGCGUAAUUUUUAUUUUAAGAAAAUCAUGUGGAAAAUGUUUGCUAAGGACUGUGUUAGUCAUUAAAAGAAAUGUACAGUAAUAUAAAAUGUAAUGUGCGUACUGAUGCAUUGGACAUUUUAGAUUUGGUCAUUUCAUGUUUUCAUGCCUUAUAUAUUUCUUGAAUUGCUCUUGUGUUUAUUGCUAUCGCAGGGAUUAUAACACUGAUAAAAGCAAUUAAAUAUGACUUGUGUAUUGCUGCCA